AUGACGGAAACGGUUGAUAUCAACGACACCACUAUUCUUGGGCAGGAGGUCGUGGCUGCGCCGCCGCAGGACAAUGGCGGCGAGGUGUCGAAUGAAACCAUCGAGGAGCGGUGCUUUUCGGCCGCUCUCGUGUGUUUAGAAGGCCAUUUCACCCAGUCGCCUCCCAUGGGUCCUCAGACCACAGCCAGAGUGAGCUCGAUGAUCUCAAAGACGCUGGAAAAGACUCAUACGCUUCGGAAAGCGAGGGAGGCUCUGGCACGCAAUGUAGCAAUCUGGAUAUGGCUGACAAGGAUCUUUGCUGCUGCUAUCCCAAGCCUAACGUCGCGGUCCGUGGGGCCGCUAUCUGCGUUGAAUGACCCAAACAAGGGAGUCAGCCCCCAGGAGAGCACAGCCCUGAUCGUUCUCAACCAUGUUUCUGUCAAGGAAGACCUGGGGACGCUUAUCAAGCUUAUGCAUAUUGCUCGAAAUCUUCUUGUAAAUGCUGAGCCCGAGGUCCCCCAGGACAUCUGUGCCGCAGUGCAUUUUGACCAGAUGGUUUACCAGACCAUCAUCCUGUGUGUCAACGUCACAAGUAAGGGUUAUGACGGGGAGAUUCUGGAUGAGGCUCAGAGAGUGAAGCUCACUGAUAUUACUGAAUUAUAUAAGAAGCUGCUUGUGACUUCACUGCAGCAAGUUCACAACUGGACUGCCAAGCAUGAUCGCAACAAGAUGUCGUUUUGGUUUGAUGUUUUGUUUGACGAUGACGGCGCGCUAUCUGGACCGGAAGAAAUUAUGAGUGACGGUUCAGGGUUUCGGCCCGACGCGGCCAAGCACCAAGUUCAGCACUGGCUUGAUCGGAACUCGAAGAUGUGCGACACAGCGAGGAAGUUGCUCAAGGACUAUGUCCAGAACCACGCAGACAAGCCGCCGGGAAAUCUAGCCCCAAUCCGGCCAUUGGCCUGGAAUUGGCUUCCAGAUGUUCCUGCCGAUUCGCCAGUCGACGUGCAAGAGGGUAACGAGAAGACGAUUCCAGUCUGGAAUGUGGACGAGACGGACAAGUUUGAGCAAGAUCGGCUAUACGGCCGUGUAUCUCGUGAGAUUGAUACUUGGUGGCUUCGAGCGCGCGAUCCCAAUUAUGAGGAUUGGGUCGUGGGCAUGCCGUCUGUGGAGUUUGCACAAUCACGUACGGAGCAUUGCCGGAAUAAUUUGGUCCACCGUUAUGCCCAUUCCUAUCGAGCAGAUCACUCACCACCUCCAGAGGUAGUGGAGUGCGAUCAUCACCACCAUCACCACCACGAUGACGAGGACGACCAUCACCACCAUCACUGCCACCACCACCAUCACCACGAUCAUGACUAUCCUCACGACUAUAUGGAUGAUAUGAUGGACGACGAAGAGGUUGAUGACGAUGAGUCUUAUGGCGACGGGCCGCUGACUGGACUCUUGACCGAAGUGCCCAACAUCUUGGAUCCUAAACAGAUUGAAGCACUGCACAUGAUUAUCAAGUCUUGUAUCCUUGACCAUGCGGGAUCUGGAUUGACACGUGUCGGAGAGAAUCUACAAAAAUCGCGAUGCAGAAUGUUCCUUGCAUUGGACUGUGGAAAGAGCCUGCUCCGUGAAUUGCUCGUCUUCAUUGCAGUAUGGGACAAGGAUGAGCAGAGUCUUAUUUUCCAGGUCACAACACAAAUUGUCGAGGCUAUCCACCACAGUGCUCUGGUGCCAUAUGCCUGGAACUCUCUGAGGAUCCCCAAGGAUAUUAUUUCUCCAGCGCAGACGGUCCUUUUACGUUUGGUCAAUCACAUGCUUCGAGCUCGUGCUACUAGCACCACCAUCCAGGACCCCAAGGAUCAUACCAAGGACCUCAAGCUAGUCCACUUCUUCUUUAGCUUUUUCCGAAGCAGAAUUGUGCCCGAGUGUGCGGCUCUCAUGCAUCUGCAGGCCCAAAUCCGUGAGGAGAACCGCGAUCCAUCCGAGUUCCCUGUUGACAGCUGGGAUAUGGAGCGAGCAAAAGACGGACUGGCUCAGUACCUGGAAUUUCUCACAACUGCGGCCGAGAUGGUAGAUAUGAGACCUCAUCUUAUUGAGUGGCAGGCUAUAUACGACCUCAUUACGGUUCUCAGCAGUCUUGAGGCGGCAGUUCCAAAGAAACCCAUGGUUGAAGUGCCCAAGCGUGCACCAGCAGCCGAGACCGCCUCCAACGCAAACGGUAGCAACAGCGACCUAAUGGUUGAGCGGCCAUACUCUACCGGAAACGAGAAUGCUCCUCCUUCGCCCCCGCCACCGCCUUUGCAGGAACCAGCUCACAAGUUCCCAUGGAGUGGCAUCAAGGGCCAGAUUUUCACCAUAAUCGCAACGCUUCUGCAGCCGCCACCGGGACAAAGCAGCCCUGGCAAUGCACAAGUGCAAAUGCAGAUGAUGAAGUACAACGGCAUUGUUCCCCUACUUAACUGCUGCGCAUACGACGACCACAAUCCAUUUGCCAAGGAGCGAGUCACUAUUUGUUUGAAAUGGCUGCUGGACGGCUGCGAAGCAGCAAACAACUUUUUCCGCGAGCUUGUCAGCAUGGCGCCGCAACCUAACCUGAGGCCGCCGCCAGGAGGCACCACGGUGUCGACAAUCAGGGUUGAUGGAGUACAAGGCGAAGUCAAGGUGCAAGUACGUUCGAAUACGGCAGCGCCUCUGCCCGACCGCAGCACCAGCAGCACAGAUGAGCUGCUUGAGAAGGCUGCUGAACUCAAAUUGGGGUUGAACCAGACCAAGAAGAGUGGCGGCGGUGGACGGAGUAACAUUGAGGAGGACUUCAUGGCCUAGUUCUUUUGUGUUAUUAUAUCUGGAUUGCAUAUCAUAGGCUGUAUAGCUCAUUAGCAUUUUAGUGGAGUUUGGUGGGAAACGUUUAUUCAUCUGCAUAUAUGAUGACAAGUUUUGGUAACAAGAUGAGCCAAUUGGCCUCAAUAGACAUGAUUUGAAGUUGCUA